AUGGCGAAGUUUGUAACACCCGUGAUCCAGGACAACCCCUCCGGCUGGGGCCCCUGCGCCGUGCCCGAGCAGUUCAGGGACAUGCCCUACCAGCCCUUCAGUAAAGGAGACCGCCUGGGAAAGGUGGCAGAUUGGACAGGAGCCACGUAUCAGGAUAAAAGAUACACAAACAAGUACUCAUCGCAGUUUGGUGGCGGAAGUCAAUAUGCGUAUUUCCAUGAGGAGGAUGAGACUAGCUUCCAGCUGGUGGAUACAGCACGAACGCAGAAAACGGCCUAUCAGAGGAAUCGUAUGCGAUUUGCACAGAGGAACCUUCGGAGAGACAAGGACCGUAGGAACAUGCUGCAGUUCAGCAUGCAGACGCUGCCAAAGAGUGCCAAGCAGAAGGAGAGAGAUCGUUUGCGCCUGCAAAAGAAAUUUCAGAAGCAGUUUGGAGUGAGGCAGAAAUGGGACCAAAAAUCACAGCAGAAGCCUCGUGACUCCUCUGUUGAAGUUCGCAGUGAUUGGGAGGUGAAAGAAGAGAUGGAUUUCCCUCGGCUGAUGAAGAUGCGCUACCUGGAGGUGUCGGAGCCACAGGACAUAGAGUGCUGUGGAGCCCUAGAAUACUACGACAAAGCCUUCGACCGCAUUACAACAAGGAAUGAGAAGCUACUGAGGAGCAUUAAGCGCAUCUUCCAUACCGUCACUACUACUGACGACCCGGUCAUCCGAAAGCUGGCAAAGACCCAAGGGAACGUAUUUGCCACAGAUGCCAUCCUGGCCACACUGAUGAGCUGCACUCGCUCUGUCUAUUCCUGGGACAUCAUUGUCCAGAGAGUUGGAUCCAAGCUUUUCUUUGACAAGAGGGACAAUUCUGAUUUUGACCUCCUGACAGUGAGUGAAACAGCCAAUGAACCACCACAGGAAGAGGGCAACUCCUUUAAUUCACCACGCAACCUUGCCAUGGAAGCUACCUACAUCAACCAUAACUUCUCCCAGCAGUGUCUGAGGAUGGGAAAGGAGAAAUACAAGUUUCCCAACCCAAACCCCUUUGUGGAGGAUGACAUGGAUAAAAACGAAGUAGCCUCUGUUGCGUACAGAUACCGAAGGUGGAAGCUGGGAGAUGAUAUAGAUCUCAUUGUCCGCUGUGAACAUGAUGGCGUGAUGACAGGAGCAAAUGGAGAAGUGUCUUUCAUCAACAUCAAAACACUGAACGAGUGGGAUUCCAGGUAUUGCAAUGGAGUAGACUGGCGCCAGAAGCUCGACUCUCAGAGAGGAGCUGUGAUUGCCACAGAGCUGAAAAACAACAGCUACAAACUGGCCCGCUGGACAUGUUGCGCGCUGCUGGCUGGAUCAGAAUAUCUUAAACUCGGGUACGUAUCCCGUUACCACGUGAAGGACUCUGCCCGCCACGUGAUCCUGGGCACGCAGCAGUUCAAGCCAAAUGAGUUUGCCAGCCAGAUUAACCUGAGCAUAGAGAACGCCUGGGGCAUCCUGCGAUGCGUCAUCGACAUCUGCAUGAAGCUGGAUGAGGGGAAGUACCUCAUCCUCAAGGACCCCAACAAGCAGGUGAUCCGGAUCUACAGCUUGCCUGAUGGCACCUUCAGCUCUGAUGAAGAUGAGGAGGAUGAGGAGGAAGAAGAGGAAGAGGAAGGUUCGUAG